UUUUGUCAGCUGUUUCACUUUUUGAAGUGCAAUGCGCAACACAGUUAAGGACUGAAAAAAAAAAACGUUUUACUUGAAGAGCGACGUCUAAGCUUAACUAUCAUUCCUUGGUAUCCUAUUGAUACCGGUUGCAAGGACGCAGUUAAGACUAUGGCGAAUACCUCCACCAGCGUUAGCUAAGGCCAGAGCUUGAACCCAUCAUUCUGCAGCCUGACAUUUACUACACGUGUGACAGAGGUGGAAUCAUUUUUUUCUUUCUCCGCUUAUCAGGCAAAUAUAUAUGAAAUAAGCUGUGUAGACACUAUUGUGACGACAGUUAAACAAAAACCGAACAUUUUUACCUGUGUGUUUGUUUAUACACAAAAAGCAACACAGGGCUGAAAAUCCAAUUCGAUUCAGUCGAAGUCAAAAGAUUUUAAAAAAUAUUUUAUCGUCACCCUUGUCAUUGGUCCACUAGAUCAUGUGACAGUCAAUUCACCCCCCCAUCUUAACCUUAUCCUUGUGAAUUGAAUUGGCAUUCUUUAAUAAAUGCUAGCUCCCAAAAUCGCGAUAAUUGUAUUUUGUUUGUAAAUUGAAAUGUGCACUGUGUAAGAUUUUGGGACCGAGUUCUUAAAACGCCUGAAAAGCCGAGAUGAGCAAAGUGUUUGAGAGAGAGGUUGGAUUUAUUAACAGUGAACCGUCCUUAGCGGAGUGCUUCACAUCCCUUCCUCCUCUUGGCGAGACAUUUCAAAGUUCAUCAAUCAAAAACUCGUCGCUCUCAGAUUCGACACUGAUUCCUCCUCCUUGCGAGCAAGGAUUUAGCAUUCUGAACUCUGGAAACACAUUUCAAAAUGAGAGAAGCCCAACUUCACAAGAUGUUGACAGCGCAGCCUUAGGCAUUAAACCUUUGGAAUACCCAUGGAUGCGAGAGAAGAAAACACAUAAAGGAAAACAGGCUUCGCUACCAGGGGCAUCUUCCUCUGGAUCUUCAACUGAAGACAACGAAGACUUUCAGGAUAACUACGCCGCAAGUCCCUUUGACAACUCGAGACGACUGCGCACAACCUACACGAAUACCCAGCUUUUGGAAUUAGAGAAGGAAUUUCAUUAUAACAGGUACCUUUGCAGACCAAGGAGAAUUGAAAUCGCAACUCUUUUAGAUUUAACUGAAAGACAAGUUAAAGUCUGGUUCCAAAACAGGCGAAUGAAGCAUAAAAGACAAUCUCGCUUCAAGCAAGGGAAAAUAAAUGAAUCCAAAGGCAUAUUAAGUAACGGUGAUAACAACAAUGGCUUUCCUAGAGGACUUUCAGAGACAGGACUGAAUCCGGAUCCUUCGAAACAGCUCAAAUUUGAAGAUGCAUCGAACGACCAUACGUUAUUGAGAGAAGCGUCUUCUUUGCCUGGAAUCCAAAACGACGACAAUUUCUUCAUUUCAGACGAAACGGGGUACGAAACGGGAAACUCGUUCGAAUGUUUAAAUACCCUUUCGUUGGAGGAUUUAGAUACCAUUUCAAUUGACUCAUUUACAGCAGAGCUCCCUAAACUUGGAGUAACUGACAAUGACACAACGAACAGUGUUGCGGACACGUUUAAUUUCUUGAUUGAAAAUAUUUGUACAACAGAUUUCCAGCAGCUGCAGUUUUGAACUAUAUUGUAUGUACAAAACGAAUGCCAAAAUAAAUUUGAAUGAACACCC